AUGGUUUUCCCGGAUUUGUUCUUUUGGUUGAAGGGCUCGGCGGUUGACUCGCAGGAUACUUCAGAUGAUGUCAGUUUGAAAUAAUUGAAAUGAGAAAAAUCCAAUUAAUAUCAGGAAGUUGAACGGACGGAAGAGAUUUGCGAGGAAGAGGAUUCGCACAAUGAAACGGUAGUUUUGAAUGAUUUUUGACAGGAUGAAAAUAAUUUUUGAGCUUCAGAAUGAUGCAGAAAAGUCUGUGACCUUAGAUUUGGAUGAAAAUUUUACGGAUGGCGUUGAAAAAUUGAAUACUCCGGAGCCACGCGUAAGCAAUAAUAUUUAAAAGAAAAAUGGUUGAAAAAAAUGAUUUUUUUCAGCCGGAUUCGCCGAUUCCACCGGAAAUCGGCCAGGAAACUGAAAAAUUGAACACUCCGGAGCCACGCGUAAAAAAUAAAAAAAAAAAAAAAUCUUGUUUUAUGAUUAUUUUUCAGCCGGAUUCGCCGGUUCCACCGGAAGUUGGCCAAGAAAAGGAGGAGGAAGAUGAGCCGACGAUGAUUGAAGUGGUCCCUCUAGUGGAGCCAAAAAAAGUCGCUCUCCUCGUCUUUUGACAUUUCUUCUAAUUCACACGAACAGGCUUUCGAGUGAUUUGAAAUUUAUAUUUUAUUUAUAAUUUUUUUCGGUUUUUUUCAGUUUCGGAUCCGAUGAAUCUUACUCGGAGAGUAAUAAUGGAAGUGAUAUUGGACAGGUUUUUUUGAAUAUUAUUAUUUUCUGAUUUUUUUGUUUGAAACAACGCUGGUGAAAUUUGAACUUUGAGGUCUGAAUUUGCUAUUUUUUAUCGUUGCUAAGUACUAAGUUCCAUUUUUCAUAUUUUUUUUUGACUUAUUCCAAAAAUUUUUCACAAAUCCUUUUUUUUUCUUUUUGAGUCUUACUUUGAAGUUUUGAGAAUUUUUUUCAAACGAGAAAAUUUCGUUAAAAAUAUGUUUUUACAGGUUUUUUUAACCGUUACAACUUAUGAGAAAAAGUUUCGAAAUUCGAAAUUUGGUUUUUGUAGAAAAAAUAUUUCUCCUUUUUUUUUUCAAGUAGCACUGUUAUUCAAGUUGUUCUAUUGAAUUUGUUUUUUUUUAAUGGCUUCCAAAAUUUUUUUCGUGCUUAUGAUGUACACCAGGCUUACUCCAAAGCGUUAGGAGAAAAAUUUUUUUUGAAAAGGUUUUUUUCUUGCUUUUUAUAUUUUCUGGCGUGUUCAAAAAAAGGAACGCAAAAUGUUACGAAAUGCAAAAAAAUCGUUAAUUUUUUAAAAAAAAGGUACUGUUUCGGGGCAACUUUGGCUUUUGCGUUUCGAAAAAAAUGUUCCGUUUCUCCUUUUUUUUGGGUGUUGCCCACAAAAAGCUUUUUAGCCCCCCCGUUGAACUUCUGAUGAAAGUAUGCUAAAGAGUACUUUAGGACCUCCUUAUUCCAGAACAGGAACGGAAGUUGUCACAAGUUAUGAAAAAAGACGAUAUUUCGAGAAUUCUGAAGCGUCUUCACUUGAAAUGCCGGAAUUUUUCUUGUUUUGAAAUCAGGAGAACCUUGAGUACACAUCAGAAAAUCAAAAGUACAACUGCGGGCUGAAAAAGUUUCCUAGUAAAUCCUUAAGGUCUUCCCCGUGCCUGAUAAUGCUGAAGCGAUCGCAUUUUUGGAUUUUCAAGAGGAAGUUGUCUUCACCGACUUCUCUUCCGACUUCCAGGCACCUCCAGCCAGUCCGAUCAGGCCUCAGGUUCAACAUUGACAAAAAUUCAAGAAAAAUCCCCUUUUUCCAGUUUGAUUACACGCCCCGAGUGACGAGGAGCGCUUCGAAGAUGACUCCUCAAAAGUACGGAUUUUUCAUUCUCUUUAAAGUUCGGUACUUUCAGAUCUUCUGCGAAAUCAUCUCGCGAUUCGGUCAUUGUACUCGGGGUUUUUAACUGGAGAAAUUGAAAAGUAAAAAAACAUUUUUAGGAAACUCCGGAUAAGAAGUUUGAUGACGUGGCUUCGCAGGGUUCUGACCGCUACCCCAUUAGGAAGUUUGUUGUGUUGGGAAAAAACUCUAGUGGUCACUUGAGGGGUGCCUCAAGGGCUACUUAGUGAGGACACUAAAGUUGUCACUCCAGAAGCCACCAUUUUGCGUCUUAGUGGCCCUUUUAAGAGCUUUUUACAAAAGAACUCGUAGAGAACGCCAAAGUGGCCACUAAAACUGCCUAUUUAGAAGUUUUGGCUCUUAGUGACCACUAUAGUAGUUUUGAGGGGCCUAGUAGUACCACUUAGACUCUUAAAAAGACCACUAAAUUUCAAUCACUUGAAUGGAAACUGUUUAGUCUACUAUAAUGGCCACUGAAACCUCAAAACCCUUAAGUGGCCACUCAAGCUUUUAGCAGUAGAAAAAAAAUUCACUUAUAACGAACUCUCUUGACUUGAAGAUUACUUGGAAUUCAAUGAAAAUUGAAAUUUUUCAUUUUUUUUCUUGUUUUGUCGUUACACGUUUUUCUGUGUGACAAGCAACGAAAAAAAUUGAGAUUUUUUUGAACAAAAAUUAAUUUUUUUUAUCAGGGCGUUUCGAAAUGACCUCAAGCUUCCCUAGGAAAAAUUAGCUUUUUUUGAAGAUUUUAUAGAAUUAGAAGUCUUUAGAAACCUUACUCAGGACAUCAAAAAUAGGUGGAAGGGAAUUUUUGUAAUUUUAGCGGAAGAAACUGUAUCAAAUUAUUUUUUGGAUUUUUUUCCCAGUCUAAAUUGUAAUGAACAGUACAGCUGUCCGAUUACAUAAACUUUUCUCGCGUCAAAUUUUUUUUUCUCAAUUCUUUUUCUUCCGCUCCUUCCGCCUAUCAUGCAUUUUCCAGGAAGAAAAUGAUGAGUCAUCUUUGGAUUUUAGGAAAAAUCGACCGAAUUAUUCUGACAAUUUCGUUACUCCUCCGCCUCCCAUCAAAACACCGUCCAGACAGAGGAAAACGUCGCGAAUCCCUGGUAAAAGUUUGAGGAGGAAUUUUGGGGGAAAAUGAGAAAUUUGAGUGGAAAACGAGUUGAAUAAAAUGAGGGAAAGUUGACAUUUUUUUUAAAUCGGGUAAUUUUGCAGAAAAUGAGCUAUUUUGAAGGGUUAAAUUUUCAAAUAAUGGAACUUUUUUUCAGAUUUGUAUAUGUCCCAGGUUACAUUGAAGAAUUUAUGAUGAUCCUGUAAAAAAACGUCUUUUUUAAGCUUUAUGGAAGUCCAGUUUUUGAAAAUAUUGAAAAAUGUAUUUUUUUUGAAGAAGAAUAGUACUUUUUGGGCUUGUGUCUGAAAAAGCCCUGAACUAGAAAAAAAUUUUUAGUUUUUUUCAAUUUUAGUCAGUUUUUUUAAAAGAAAUAGACCUUUUCCAUUGAUGAAAGUUUGAAAUUACGUGGAUUUUUUCCCAAUUUCACUAGAUUUUUCAUAUUUUCAUGGUGAAAUUCUAGGAUUUAUAAAUGUUUAUUUUUUUUUUAUGAAUCAUUGAAGCUUCCUGAAAGUAAUCGAAGUUUCAGUAAGUUUUUGUUUUUUCAUUUAGGAACUUUUGAAGGAUCAAGUCAUUUUAUUGGUUUAUAGCAGAAUCAAUUUUUUUUUCAGAGGUUUUAGCGCAAUCAGAAAAUCAUCAAAACGUGCUGGGAAAAAUUCUAGUGGUCACUUUAGGGUAUUGACGAUAUAGUGGUCACUACUAGAGUUCUCAAAAUGACCAAUUGAAAAAAAUGACAUUUUUCAAAAACGAAAAAUUUUCUUUUUGACAUUUCAAACGAAUGUCGUUUUUGAAAGAUCAACCAAAAUUGAUCACUUUCAUUCUUUUCAUUUUGUGACUUUUCAAAUAAUGACUGAAAAAUAAAUGGUCAUUUUCUAAACAAUCAUAUUCUGACUAGUAAAUAAAUGUUCGUCCUAAUGACCAAAUUUUUCAAAGUGAACUUUAAAUGUUUACUUUUCUGACCAAAUUUUUCAAAAGUGAAAUUUAAAUGUUCAUUUUUUUGACCAAAAUUUCCGAAAUGAAUUUUAAAUGUUUACUUUUUUGACCAAAAAUUUCAAAAUGAAAUUUAAAUGUUCAUUUUUUAACCAAAAUUUUUUUCGAAAAAUAAGUAAUUGUUCAUUUUUUUUAAAUGCUCAGUUAUGAAAUUUAACCAAAAUGAAAUUUUUAACAAACGGUUCAUGUGAAAUUUAACUAAUUGGUCGAAUUCAUCAAACGUUCAGAAAAUGUUUGGUUGAACGUUCGUUCAAACAUUUACUUUUGAGAACUCUAGUCACUACAGUAGUCAAAAUAGUAACCCCUAAAGUUUCUGUAAAUUAGUGGUCUCUUUAGAAGACUAUUUGGUACUACUAGAGCACUAAAAACUACUAUAGUGGCCACUAAGACGCGAAAUAGUGGCUUCUAUAGAGGUGGCUUUCAGUGGCCCCUUUAGUGUCCCCUUGAGUACCUUUUAAGUGGCCACUAGAGUUUUUAUUCCAGUAAAUACCAGGAUGUGUAUGGUCAAGUCUAAGAAUGAGCACAUUUUUUCAUUGUUAAAACCCUUUAGUGGCCACUUAAGAGGCCCCUUAAGGACUAGUUGAAGAGGAUAUUUAAGUUUUUACCAGUGAACUUCGAGAAUCGGGCAUAAAUGAACUAUUUAAGGGGUCCAAGCCUAGAUCGAAGUGAACUCUUUAGGGUUCAUGCUGAUCUGUCAAUAAAUUAUUAAUAUUAGAGAAAAAAAUUCUAGUGGUUAUUUUAGGGUAUUGACUAAAAACUAUUAGAGGAGUGCUUCGAAAAAAACUUUCCCUUUUAAGGAGUUACCAGUUCAACGGGACCCAAACGUCGGCGUCUUGAAGAGGCCGAAAAUUAUGUCAAUCCUGUGGUUCUCAAAGAAGAAUCGAUCACUGUGUGAGAUUUUUUUGAAGUCAUCAAAAAAGCAGCUUUCCUUGACCCUUCCUGCGCCUUUAAUAAAACCAGCAAGCUUCCCAUUUUUCCAGAAAACUCUCGGUUAGCGAUGUCGACGUGGCCCAAGAUCGUGCUGAACUGGAAUCGGACUGA